AGAGGGCUAAAUUAAAAUGAAUAGCAUACUUCUGAGAUUUUUAUUUGCACAAAAAAAAAGACAAGAAAGGACUAGUUUCACGACUAGUUUUGCAAUGCACUAUUCAAGCCAUGUUGGUGUCUCUAUUUUGCCACCAUCCAAGCAGCAGUAGCAGCAGCAGCAUAAAGGAUAGACAUUUACACAUGUGAUUAAUUAAGUUAUUUAGGCUAUAUUGAUGAUUUUCAUAACAUUGAGGGAAUAUUAUUGUAUGAGCCAAUAAAGGCUGAAAUUAUUUUAAUGACUUAAAAUGGGAUACAGAAUAUCAGAUGUAACUAAUGAACAGCAGUCAACAGACUUGUUUUGAAAAGAUGGCGGAUAUAAGGAUACAGGAAACUAACUAACUUUUAAGUCAUAAGACAAACAAAAGGACAAUCAACUUGUUUCAUUAGUAUUUUGCUUAAUAAAGUAUUCUAGUAGCAAAUAGAGAUGCAGUUUGAGUCAGUCUUUCUGUUGCUUGGAAUUCUAGUUUUUACUGGGUUUUUCAUUACUACUGUGUCCAGAUUAUGUAUAAUUAUAUCACCCUAAAGAAUACAAUUCAAAUAGGCUUAUUGAAGAAAACACACCAUCUCGGUAACAUUCAUACCUGUGAUAAACCCAUCUUAGCAGUGCUUUAUCUUAAGGAAUGUUAUUUGAUAAUUCUGCUUUAAAAUAUUCAGAUCACACAAACACAAAGGUUGUGGUGCUUCCGAGAGCUGCAGGAAGAUGCUGUGGAUUCUGGUGGCCCUGAUCUCCUGCAUCUGUGCAGCUCAGGCCUGUCUGCAGUGCGACCGCACCAUCAGGAACAUGCAUGACGACUUCAUCUUGUCUGCUCCUACAGUGAAUGAGCAAAUUGAGUUACAAACAAUUUGUGACCACGCCUAUGAGACAUACAGAGAGACGAGCCGGAAUCGAAAGGGGGUCAUUGAUCCAACCACAUUGUACAGAGCCAAAACUGAAUACCAAAGUGAAUUUGAUCGCUUUUUGAAAACAGAACCCACUGGGUCUCUAACAUUUGAAACCAUUCAGAUCAUGGAGAAAGGCAGGAAAAUCUUAGAGAAGCACUUGGACGCUUUUAUCCCUGAUGGACUUUGCCCCAACAAGUGCGGAGUUCUCUGUAGAAGAGUGAUGGACUGUAUCUCUUGCAAAUACAAAAUCUACACUUGUCCAUCUCUGUCAGACCAGCUGGACUGUGGCGUGUACCCAUUGCAGGGGGAUGAGGGAGGCCAGGCUGUGUUGGACUGUUUCCUUCCAUGGCAUCGUUUCCUAUUGGGAAAACCAGAGUACUACUACUCCUGGGCUCCUGGAGAACCGGGGAACAAAACGCUGACUGAAAAGGACUUCAAGACCUUAGUGGUGACACACGACUCGUCUGUGGUCCUGAAUCAGCUGCACUUGGAGGAGCAAGGAACAUAUCGCUGCUCUCUGCAAGACCAAAUUGGAACCAUCUUCUAUAGAGUCACAUUUCUACUCACAGUUGCCCCCUUGCCUCUUCAGACCCACCAAGCUUUCGUCACUCUGCCCUCACUGGCUCAUGGAGACUACUCACCUUUUCAACCUACAGAGAACCUGCUUGUGGCUGUCAUCUCCUUGGUUACAGCGCUGAGUCUGGCAGCCAGCGUAGGCCUCACAGUUGUCCUGGGGAUGAUGAUGAAUCGAGAGAGAAAAGCCAAAGGUUUGAGGAAGUCCAAGGAAGAAGUGUGCACAGUGUGAUAAAUAAAGUAAUCACACUCUCAAAUGGUGGAAGAGGUUUUCUCACUUCCGUUUGUAGAUCUCUCUCCACAGUC